UUCCUCUCUAUUUUCUCCCGCCGACUACAGUCGAUUGAGAGGGGCCUGACGGAAGGCCAAGAUGGGGAAAAAGAGCGAGAAGGAGGAGAACUCUCGGCCGGCGGAUCCUGAGACGGAGGAGAAGAAGAGGCUGAGAUCCCUCGCGUUCUCGAAGAAGCUCCUCCGCCGCGCUCCCUCGAAGCCCUCCGCCCCUCUGGAGCCCUCCAAGUCCGUCCUCAAGCUCCAGGGACGCGACGUCGUUAAGCGGGGUCAGCGGAAGAGCCGCUACCUAUUCUCCUUCCCCGGCCUCCUGGCCCCCCUCUCGGGCGGCCGUGUCGGUGAGCUCGCCGACCUCGGCACCAAGAACCCCGUCCUCUACCUAGAGUUCCCCCAGGGUCGGAUGAAGUUGUUCGGCACGCAUGUGUACCCAAAGAACAAGUAUUUGACUCUCCAGCUCACGAAAUCAUCCAAGGGUGUGGUCUGCGAGGAUGCAUUCGACAGUUUGAUUGUGUUUUCUGAUGCUUGGUGGAUUGGGCGAAAGGAGGAAAACCCAGAAGAACUCAAGCUUGAAUUCCCUAAAAACCUCAGUGAGGGCAAACAUGCUGCAGACUGUGACUUUAAAGGGGGAGCUGGUGCAACAGUUGAAGAGUUAUCGGGAGCUAACAAACCUGGAAAGGAUUACGUAGAACCACUUUCCCCUGACACUGAUAUGGAGGGUGACACGCCCGAGGAUUCCCAUUUCAAAACUGAAGAAAGCACAAAGAAUCUGGCAGAAGCAACUCCAGUUCGACAAUCAGCAAGAACUGCAGGAAAACAAUUAAAUUAUGCAGAAUCAUCUUCUGGAGAUGAUCCCAUUGCUAGUGAUGCUGCAGUACGAGAAAUGAUGAGUGAGAUGGUCAAUACUGGUAUCAACAAUGCAACUAGAAGCUUCACAGUUGGAAAGAGUGAAGGGUAUGUUCCAGCAACUUCUACGGUUCUUACUCCAGAGGAUGGCUUUUUUGAAACAAAGAUUGAUUCAAUGCAAAAAACAGAGGAGUCUUCUUCAUCAAUGAAAAGGCCGAAGAAAACUCUCUCGAAUAAAAAGGGUCCCCUGGUUCAAGCUACUUUGUCUACUUUAUUUGAGAAAGUAGAUGAUAAGAAAUCUAAGCGCAAAGCAGAGGACUCUGCUGGACCUGAAGGUCCUACUGGUAAGAGGCAACGGAAGCAAAUAACUGAAGAAGUGCAGGUGAAGCAAUCUGGUAAGAAACCGGCACGGUCUGGCGGAAAAAAAAGUGGGACUGGGACUUUGAGAAAGCAGAAGAAGUCUGAGGUACAAGAUGAUGAGAUAGAAGAAAUCUCCAGUGAAUCCCAGGAUGACAGUGAUGAAGACUGGGCCUUGUGAUGCAAUCAGCUGGAGAUGGAAGAAUACUGAUACCUCUACUCAAGGUGCCACACUAUCAUUGAUCGUGUACUAAUAUGGGGCAUAGCUGAAGUAGUCGAUCAGGAGAGAGAGUAUCAUCAUUUACUGCUCAAUCUGUUCUCGCAUGACUUCAUGACUCGGUUAAGUUUUUUCCCCCCUUCUGUUCAAUUCUCCAUUUUGGCAAUCUUUCAUGUGAAAUCUUUUCGCUGAAUGUGCGGGUUAGCCUUGAAGCCCAGAAACCUGAAGAAGAUCUAUGUUAGAGAGCAUUUAACAUCAACAAAAAAGUUGAGCAGGAUCCCAUGCAUUAUGACAUAUCUUGGCAAAGAGGUCCAGGAAACUGGUGAAUCAAGUGAUGGUGCCUGCUCAACUGGCGUAGAGCUGACCAUCUAUCUGAUAAAAAGGUACUCUUGGGGUGUGGGGCCUGUAAAGUUGCUUAAAAACCUAUGAGCGUUGUCUCAGAAACGUACGUGACCAAAAUAUCAAGUUUUCUUAACUACUUGGUUCCUAAUGAAGCAUUGUUACAUUUCAUAUA